GCCCGCGGCGACCUUGGGCUCCACUCGCUGGGGGGCGGCGACGCCGGGCCCAUGGCUCCCGCGGCGGCUCCGUCUUCCUUGGCCGUCAGGGCCUCGAGCCCGGCCGCGGCCCCCACCUCCUACGGGGUCUUCUGCAAGGGGCUCUCCCGCACCCUGCUCGCCUUCUUCGAGCUGGCCUGGCAGCUGCGCAUGAACUUCCCGUACUUCUACGUCGCGGGCUCCGUGAUCCUCAACAUCCGUUUGCAGGUACACAUUUAGAGCGAUGACUCCCUGAGCUGCCGGCCUCGCAGCCAGAGUGAUGGCCGCCUCCCAGAGGGCCCCGCGGCUUCGCGGAGCU